AUGGGAAACCCCAUGGAUGCGUUCCGCAAGGCGGAAAAGGCAAAGCAGCUCAGAAAGAACGCGUCCGACCGAAAGAAGAAGCGCGACGACCGCGCAGUCCACCAUGACACUAGGCACCUCGAGGCGGAAAUCAAGGACCUCAAGGCGCGCGACAAGCUCAGCAACGAGGGCCAAGAACGCCUCUCCAAGCUCCAGAGCGAGCUCAAGUAUUUCACUGGGCUCAAGGAGAAGUUUGUGUCCAAGAACCCCGACCAGCGCGACAAGGUAUACCACACCGACCGCCCGGAGCGCGCACACGGACAUGGACAUGGACACGGACGCGGGCCGCGCGGCCAAGGCGAUGACGAUGGCGAGGGGUCGAGUCACCAGCCAGACCCAACGGCGCACCUGUACAACCCCGACGGUACACUGAGGGAUCCCAAAAGGAGCUACUACUAUGACGCGACGUACAAUCCGUUUGGUGUGCCGCCUCCAGGGAUGCCGUACCGUGCACGCACCCAAUCUCCAGAACCUAGCGAGAGCUCGGACGACUCGGACGACGACAGCGAUGACGACAUUGUGAUGCCUGAGGGACCACCACCUGGAGCGGAAGAGUCAGACUCGGAUGCCUCGGACGACUCGCUGGACAUCCCGUUGCCCUCCGGCCCUCCCCCAAGCAAGACGCCAGUCAUGCCAAUGUUGCCAAACGGACUUCCGGCGGGAUGGCCCCCAUUCAUGCCGCCUCCAGUGGCACCGAACGUGCCCUUCUCAGCGGAGAACCCCGGAGGAUGGGGACACCUGGCGCCUGCUCCUCCCAUCCGACCUCCCCGAGGACCCCAGAGGACGCGCGGCGGGGCGUCUGGGUCGGCGCCCUCUGCCCCUCGGCCAUCGACACUUCCUCCUCCUCCUUCCUCCCUACCUGCCAAGCCCGGCCUGACCAAGCCGUCCAGUGAGGGCGCUACCAUGAGCAAGCAGACAGAUACGUCCACUGCUGCGGCGGCUGUAGCCCCACCGGCCGCCGUGACCAUCUCCGCUGCGCCACAACUGCGCGACCUCCGCAAAGAGACAACCGUGUUCGUGCCACGCGGCGUCAACAAGCGCAAGGCGCCGGGAGGACUCGCGCCUGUCAACUCGACGCCGAACGCUGGCACGAUUGAUGCCGAGGGCGACGAGAUCCGCGUCAAGCGCGCCGCCGGCCCGGGCCUGAUGGGUAAACUGCAGGGAGUUAUUGGAGCCCCCCAGGCUGCGUCCAAGGGUGGUGAGGCGGAGGCGGCAGAGGACGAGUAUGCGCGUUUCCUCGAGGGGCUAGAGUGA